AAUACUAUAUAUUAAGACACUUCAAGAUCUUCCUACAAAGAUCAAAAAUAAUAGAUAUAAUAUAAAGAACUUCAAUCAAUCAAAGAAGAACCAAGAAACACAGCUCCAGGGAAUAUAGACUUCAAAAGUCUAAAACCCUAUAAAAGAAGAAGAAGAAGAAGAAGAAGUUACUGCCAUUCAUGGACUUUGAGGUAAGAGACGAUACUGUUAACAGUCAGUACGAGCUCGUGCUAAUCUUAAAAGUGAAAACUUAUGAACUCGACUUUUGAACUAGAUCCAGGCGAUCUGCCUGAUAAAAACAAAGGUAUGAAAAACGAUCACCAGAAAAACAGCAGACCAAGAGAUAGUGACAGCGAAGAUUACCCAUACUCCAAACAGGCCCGCAACGAAGAAACCGGCAGACAGAACACGGAACCACAACUUCACGCAUCAGAAACGCAAGUGCUGAUCUCUCAUCAACUAAGAAGUACUACAUAUUAAGACACACCAAAAUAUUCCUGAGGAAAACAAAACUAACAGAGAUAAUAUAAGAAAAGGGAAAAGAAGAAAAAUAGAUCCAGGGGAUAUAGACUAUACAAGAGUCUAAAACCCUAUAAAAGAAGAAAGAAGAAGAAGAUUAACUACUGCCUUAUCUAUGAUUGUAGCGAGAAUGAAAGUCCUAAUGGCUUAAAAGGGAGAAAAGAAGGAGUUAAUUCACCGAUGUUUUACCGAAGUUUUGAAUAACUGUAAAAUUACAUAAUAAUAGCCAUGAUGAAGUCAAUAAAGUACAGUUUGUUUAUUUUGAAUCGGAGCUGGAGUUUCAUGUCAAGAUCUUAUGAAGUGUUGCAUUUAUCAAGAAAAGGGAUUUCUUCAUCUUCUACAAGAGAGAGGGUCUCCAAAGUUCCGCAGCAGCCUGUGACCACAUCCAUCAAGGAGAAGGAGCUCCCCCCAAAGACCAAUGUAGACCUGAAGUUAGUGCAGCUUCUGGAAAAACUCUCGCUUGUGGACUUUGCCAAUAAGGAGGGUGUGGCCAGACUUGAAGCUGCUAUAGAUUUAGCUGACAAAUUGAGUGUGGUUGAUACUGAUGGUGUGGAACCUAUGAUCACUGUACUGGAGGACAGGUCCCUUCCUCUUGCGGAUGAUGAGGUAACUACAGGUGACAUGAGUGAAGAGCUGUUAGGUUGUGCAGUAAAGACCCUCGAAGAUUAUUUUGUCGUUCCUCCAGGCAACAUUGACUUUGCUCAAGACGAAGAAUAUUACCAUAAACUUGGGGAGAAUAAAGAGAAGAAAGCAGUAUAGGAUCCUUAUGGACAUUUUUAUGGAAUAUGUAUAGUGUAUGAAUAUAUUGUAAAUAAUGAUUUGUAGAAAAUUUUC